CUGCCGCUUCCAGUCACAGCUGAGGCAAGAUGGUGGCCGCGAGGGCUGCGCUCGUCUACCUAAGCGUGGUAGCGCUGGUGGCGGGGGCAGCAACACUGACAACACACCGGCCCUCCGGCACCACCACACCCCACGCCCACGAGAGCUACACCGCCCACCCAUCUCACGAAGCCCCGAAGAACCACAGUAACGCUAGCUCUACAGAAAAAACUACCGAACUAGCGCUGCGUGAUGACGAGGACGAGGCGGGGAACAAGACGGCGCCUAACGAGGACGAACUAGCCGCCCCCUUGUUCGAGCUCCAGGCCGUGAAGAGGGACAGCGAGUCGACGAGUGACAAGGGCGGUGGCGUCCGUUAUGAAGAGGAAGGUGACCUAUAUACGGAUGUGGUGAACGGCUCCGAAGACGAACUCGAGGAGUUGCCUGUCCCCAUGGCUCAGUCUGCAAGGGUAAAGGGCUUCACACGUUCGGACGGAACGUACGUGGUCAACGACGAAGAUGGCUACGGCUGCGUCUUGGCGUACUUCAAAGCCGAGGUCACCAUCUACUAUGCUGAUGUCAAAGGGGAUUAUCAGAGCAAACUGGUGUCCCCCGAGGACGACUCCGAGGUGUCUGGGACGUGCGACCGCAUCGGCAAGGUGUCCGAGGUGGUCGUGGGCUGGAAGACCUUCGUCCUCGGCCUCCGCUUCGGCCUCGACGAGAUCACCGACUCGUGGUAUGUCUCGAGGUUCAGCCUGAGCUACGACCUCAGCGACCCUGAGUUUGCCUCAGCCGCUCCAGGCGGAGGCGAGGUGACCGUCGCGAGCAAGGACAACCGCAAGUACUGGCAGACCAACAACGCCCGCUCCUUCCGCUGCCUCCUCCUCCACGACGUGCCGCUCACCGACAGCUUCAACAACUCGGCGACGCUGCACUUCGACGAGGUCCGCGUCCAGGCCUUCUCCAGCAGCGACAGGUUUAGAACGCCCAAGCACUGCAUCCAUCGCGUGCAUCGAGACGAAAUGGUGCCUGUGACCGUGGGCGCCUCGCUCGCCGCCUCCGCGCUCCUCACCAUCGCCUUCUACGGCAUCUUCAGGUACUUCAAGGUCAAGAAGGUCAACUACGACACUAUGGAGUGAUAAUGACUCUGCUACAGAGGAUCGGCUUCAGGGCAAACCUUGGAGAUGACAGCGCACUUUUUUUUUAUUACUUCUAGAAAAAAAUCUCUAUUAUCCACAGAACUUUUGCAUUUCUAAGUCCAGUGGGUUUAGGUUUACUGAUCGAGUAAGUCAUGUUACAGAGAAUAUAUUAUUAUAAAAUUGUUGUUGCGUAACGUUAUUAGGUCACUUGCACGCACGAACGCACAGAAUACAAACGUGCACACGUAUAUAUAUGUAUGCAGUAUAUAUGUGCGUGUAUAUAUAUGUAUAUAUAUAUGUAUAUUUAUAUAUAUAUA